AUGGACGAUGAUAAGGCGAGGAGCAACGGCCAGGAUGGGAGAGGAAGAAAGCAAGCAGAUGCAAAGAGGCGCCUGCAGGUGAAACGGAACAAAAGUCGUCGAUGGUCUCGCAGCGGGACUGGCCUGGUUUACAGGCUGGUGGGAAACACAGCGGAAGCGCUCGGGCCAUGGCACCAUACCCCAGAGGGGGCUAGCGGGGCUGGGCGGCAGUUGGAAGGCGCGAUCGGCACAGGGGCGGGCGGCGCCCGCUUAGGCAGGCCUGCCCGCGUCCUUGACUCGAAAACGAACGUCGUGCAGGGGCGGUGGGCGUGUGCGUGUGUCGCUGCCAUCACAUAA